AUGCGCAUUCAGUACGCUCAACAAACUCAGAUCACUGGAUUAGAUCUUGAGAUAGCAGAUCAAUCAAGAUUACCUAAAGGCUGCAUCACACUGGAAGCCGAUUUGGAGCUGAAAUGGCCAGUCACUACCACUUUUGACUAUAUACACACGCGGUGGCUGGUUGGAUGCAUCUUUGACUGGCCCAAAUUCUUCCAGCAGUGCUACGAUCACCUCACGGAAGGCGGCUGGUUUGAAAUCCUUGAUAUAGGCUUCCCAGCGCGCUCGUCAGAUGAGACCUUGCGCCAGGACAGCCACCUUGUGGCAUGGAAUGCUCUGCUGAUCCAGGCAGCUUCGAUAUCGGGACGGGAACUCACCGUCGCUGAGAAAUUUGAGCAGAUGAUGCGACAAGUCGGCUUUAAAAAUGUCACUGUUGUUGAGAAGAAGCUGCCUCAGAAUGCAUGGCCUUCUGAUGAUCAGGAGAAGGCACUCGGUAAAAUUGCCCUCCCCGUGCAUAAAUUUGGACAUGAGCGACUGGGGCAUGAUUUCUUAGUGCCGCACUUGAACUUAUCUCCGGAGAAGGUGGAUACAAAGCUUCAAGAUGUGUGGAAGGAGAUGGAGGAUGAGAAUAUCCAUGCCUGGUGGCCUAUGUAA